AUGCCGUAUAAAUCCCGCUGGACGAUUGACAUCCCAGACACCCAUUUAGCCUCUCUUCUCCUCGAAUCCCCAACGGCACCUCUCUCCAAAACCCACAAGUGCUACCUGGACGCCGCCCGUCCAGAAACCCACUACCUCACCACCCAUGAUCUCCGCCUCUGGAGCCAGCGGCUCGCAGCCGGCCUACGCAAAUCCGGACUGCAGCGCGGAGACCGCGUCCUCCUCUUCUCAGGCAACGACCUCUUCUUCCCCGUAGUCUUCCUAGGCGUGAUAAUGGCAGGAGGAAUCUUCACCGGCGCGAAUCCAACCUUCGUAGCCCGCGAACUAGCCUACCAACUCCAAGACAGCGGCGCCACAUACCUCCUCUGCGCAAGCAACAGUCUAGAAACGGGUCUGGAAGCCGCCAAACAAGCCAACCUACCCCAGAACCACAUCUUCGCCUACGACACCUCCAUCUACGACGGCGUAACAAACCCCCAAAACGGCUGCGCAUACUGGAGCGAUCUCCUCGCCUCGGAAGAAGAAGGCGCAGCCUUCACCUGGGACGAGCUGAAUACACCAGCCCUCUCGUCCACAACACUAGCACUCAACUACUCCAGCGGCACAACCGGCCGUCCCAAGGGCGUCGAGAUCUCGCACCGGAACUACGUCGCCAAUAUGCUCCAGUAUUGUCAUACGGCAAGUCUGCAUCCGGACUACAAGGCUCGUCUCGAGCGCUCCCGGUGGUUAUGUUUCUUGCCUAUGUACCACGCGAUGGCGCAGAAUGUCUUUAUUGCGGCGGCGCUGUACCGCGCCACGCCGGUGUAUAUCAUGUCCAAGUUUGACUUUGUCAAGAUGCUGGAGUAUACGCAGCGAUUCCGGAUUACGGAUUUUAUCCUCGUGCCGCCGGUUGUUGUGGCGUUGGCGAAACAUCCGGCUGUUGGGCAAUAUGAUUUGAGUAGUGUGGAGUUGGUUGGGAGUGGUGCUGCGCCGUUGGGAAGGGAGGUUUGUGAGGAGGUUGAGAAGUUGUGGCCUCCGGGGAAGAUUAAUAUUAAGCAGGGAUGGGGGAUGACUGAGGCGACUUGCUCGGUCACGGGAUGGAACCCUGCCGAAAUUAGUACAUCUGCGUCUGUCGGUGAGCUCAAUGCUAAUUGCGAGGCGAAGAUUAUGGUCGAUGGGGUUGAGGUGAAGGAACGCAACUGUCGUGGCGAGUUGUGGGUUCGUGCCCCCAAUGUGAUGAAAGGCUACUGGCGCAAUGAGAAGGCCACUAAAGAGACCAAGACGGAGGAUGGGUGGCUCCUAACGGGGGAUAUUGCGUUUGUGGAUGACGAUGGCAAAUUCCAUGUGGUGGAUCGAAUGAAGGAAUUAAUCAAAGUCAAAGGCAACCAGGUGGCGCCCGCCGAGUUAGAGGCUCUUUUACUUGAACAUCCGGCGAUAUCAGAUGUUGCGGUGAUCGGGGCUGUCAUCAACAACGAUGAGCGCCCUCGCGCAUAUGUGGUGCUUCGACCGGGCCAAUCCGCCACCGCCAACGAGAUCGCGCAUUACUUGGACAACAAGGUCUCCGCGUUCAAGCGGAUUACCGGCGGAGUUGUAUUCCUCGACGCAAUACCGAAGAAUCCUUCGGGCAAGAUUCUUCGCAUGAAAUUGCGUGAACAGGCCAAAGAGGAGCUACGUGUCACCGCUAAACUCUAG